AUGACCUCUUGCAGCAAACUUGUGGGUCUCGUGCUGAGUGCCGCAGCCACUGGAGUUGUAUCCUUGCCAGCACGCGCUCUCACUCCAGUCAACCGCUUCGCCUUUGGCGAUUCCUACACGACCACAGCUUUCUCAACCACAGGCCCACAGCCAGCCUAUGGCAACCCCCUGGGCAACCCUGCAUACGGCCAAGGAACCUAUGCUGGAGGACCAAACUACGUCGGCCUCCUGACGACAAAAUACAACUCAACUUUCGUCGCCAACUACGACUUCGCCGUCGGCGGCGCCACCAUCUCCGACAGCAUCGUGACCUACCAAGGCAUCCCGGCAUCCAACGAACAGGUUGGCCAGCGCUUCGAGCCUCAGUCCACCCAACCACACGUUAAUGCCUGGAGCUCUGACAACACAAUCUUUUCCGUCUUCUUCGGCAUCAACGAUAUCGGCAUCACGAUGGAGACUGCCCAGUAUUCCAACGCCACGAGGAUUGAUGAUCUGCUCAAUGCAUACUUCCAGACCGUCGAUAACAUGUACAACCAGGGCGCCCGCCGGUUCAUGUUCGUCGGCGUGCCUCCCAUGGAGCGCAGUCCGUUUGUCCAAGGCAACUACGACCCUACCACGCAGCAGCAGUGGGGCAAUCUGUGCAAUAUCUUCAACGGCAAUCUUGCUCAACGUGUCAAGUUAUGGCAAGCUUCGCGGCCGGAAUCCUACGCCGCAAUCUACGACUUUCAUCGAUACGCUACGCUUGUCUUGCACAAUCCUACCGCAUACGGGUUCCUGAAUGCCGAGUGCAUUGAUACUGGUGGCCAGGCUUGCAUCUGGUGGAAUGACUACCACGUUGGUAGCAGGUUCCAUGAUCUACUAGCCCAGCGGAUGCUGCCAGCUAUGAAUAGCCUCGAAUUCAACAGCUGGGCUCCUACAGCUGGGGUGGGAUACUUUUACUAG